UUGGGCCCAUGGAGACCAAGGGCGAGGCUCCGAGUCAGGACCAGUUGUGCACCCUGUGGGUGGGCGGGAUCUCAGAGCGGGUCGAUGAAGAGAUCCUUUUUGAAUUGUUCCUAAACGCGGGCCCGGUUCAAAGCGUCAAGAUUCCCAUUGAUCGUGAGACUAAACGACAGAAACCCUUCGCCUUCGUAUUAUUCCAUCAUCCCGAGACCGUGUCCUACGCCGUGGAUCUCUUCCGGGAUGUGACUCUCUUUGGGCGACCGCUCCGCUUGCAAAACAAAGAAACCGGGGCGGGUAUGAAUGAGUCCCGGGCCCCCGCUCCCAGCAAUGGCCAUCAACGCCCGCCCAAUUUCCAUCAACGCUCGUUCUCGGCCCCGCAUUUCCAACCAGGAAUGCCUAAUCACGGCGCGUAUCAUCAAUCGUCCAACGGACCCUACGGUUAUUCCACUCCGCCCGAACCCGUGCGAGUACUUAGUUAUAAUAAUGUUCACUCUCAUUACCGGGAAAGAUCGGCGGGUCGUCACGAGUAUAAUGACUACCAUCGCAGAGAGGAUCGGAGUCAUUACUCCCGAGAGGAUCGGAGUCAUUACUCACAACAUCAUCAGUAUCAGCAACAUCAACCCCGUGGAUAUAACGAUCGGAGAUCUAGGGAACGAAGCCAUGAUCGAAGUCAUCGGGACUACGGUCGACGGGACAGUGCGGGGAGUAAUAGCGGGGGAUAUCAUCAUCGACGGUGAUCACUUGUUUAUAAACGAUACUCUUGUCUGAUCUCGGCUUCAUUCUCGUAUUGCUGAAGUACAAAUAAAACUGGCAGACUGAUUCAUCUUGA